AUGCUACCCAUCCUCACGCUCCUGUCGCUCAUCCCAUCCCUCGUCUUUGCUGUUCCAUGCGUCCAAUUCGACACCAACUGGGAUUUGUACGCUUUCGGAGGUAACGAAGAUGUCAAGCUGGGCAACUCCUCGUCCUGGUCCCAACCGUCCGUGACGCCUUUGAGCACCAGCGGCCGACCACCUUGGACGGGUCAAUACACUCAAUGCCUCCAAUCGCAAUACAAUAAUGCGAUGUACGUGCUUGGGGCAGAUGACAGUGAUCUCUCUAAAAUCUACAUUUACAACUUUGCCGAAGACUCAUGGUCCCUUCAAGACACCUCUGCCGAGCCUUCAAACCUUGGCAUGUCGCGAUCAGCCAGUGUCCUUGAUCACGAUACCAAUGUCAUCUUCACCCUUACAUCUGGCUCCGGCGCGUCCUUGUACCAGCUCGAUCUGUCCACUAUUCAAGCUACAGCCGGCAGCUCUCAAGCUUGGUCAGCCGUCGAGAACCCCAGCUUCUCCACAAGUGGAUACACACCCGUCGCUGCAGAAGCUUCAAACCACAUUCACUACUUUGGUGUUCCUGAUACCGCUGCCGGCUCUGCCGACCUCUUUGUCGUUCACUAUGCCUACUUCCAGCCAACUCCUCAAUCUUACCCUACCUUGAACGGAGGUGAAGCGUUCCCGGACUCCGGCGGCCAAGCUAUCAAUGUACCCAACGAGGCCAACAACGCCCCAGACCAAAUGGUCUUCUUCCCUAACGACUUCUCCAAUUCGUACGUUGUCACUCACUGGACCAACCCUGGAAGCUACAACUCUACCUCUGGAGUACCUUUCGCCACGGACCUCAUCAACACCACGCAAAUUCUGCCAGCUCCUUCCUCACAGGACCAGCAGGCCUCUUACGCCGCGUCUCCCACUGAUCUGGUCCAGAUUGACACUGCCGGGAACAUUUACUACAUGACCAACGCCAUCUCAUCAUCUUACACUGUACAAAGCGGUGCGUCAUGGACCAAAAUGUCUUACCAGCUCGUCGGAAGCGGUGGAUCGGGUGGAAACACUACUUCAUCAUCCUCGUCAACAUCCAUGACUGGCGGAUCAAGCUCCACAACGGGAACUUCCGGAUCCAGUGAGACGAGCGCCGGUGCCUCAGGUAGCAAGACAAGCGGAGCAGCCUCCAGUGGAACUUCCAAAUCCAGCUCUUCGACUUCUGGAGCUGCUGGAGUCUCUGCCUCGUUAGGCAGGUGGGACUUGGCUGGUGUCGUCAUGACCUUUGCCGCUGUCGGCGGUGUCAUCUUGCUCUAA